UUGUAUGUUUGAGAGAUCCUUGGGCUUUAUCAGCAGGCCUGGACGCUUAGCCUGCUUUAUAUUUCUUCUUGUUCCGUAAACCCUUGAGAGUUGAGAUUGCUUUUUCACCUCUUGAUUUUCUAAUCAAAAGCACAAACAAACUCAUAAUCACUGCAAAGUGUAGUUAUGGCUUAUGUGGAUGAUGAUGGUUCGUCGGGCUCUGGAGAUGAUGUCAACAUGCUGGAUGGACACAACAAGCGUCAAUCUGUGACGCCAGGAGGUUCUGGUCGUGGGAAGAGGAGUCGUAAGGCUACUGGUGAUGCCAUUGUGGAUGCUAUGCUGGAAAUUGCUGCUGCUUCUAAAAUGAGGGCAGCUGCUAUUAUGAAGAAUGAGGAUCGGUUUUCUAUAAGUAAAUGCAUCAAAGUAUUGGAUGAGAUGCAAGGUGUUGAUCAACGGAUUUACUUUCUUGCCUUGGAUUUAUUUGAGAACCCCAAUGCCAGGGAGAUAUUUAUCUCACUAAAGAGUGAGAAAAGGUUGCCAUGGUUGCAGGGAAAAUGUAAUGCUACCCCUAGCUGAAUUAGUUUCGAUUGACUCUUUUAGUAGUGUAUUUUUCUUAGUCACUAAUAAUGGUUAUGCUGUGUAUGUAGAAAGUACUCAAGAAACCUCAUGCAGCUGUAACUAGUUUGACUUCAUGAUUAAUGGCUGUUUUGCAAGUUUAAUGAUCUUAAAUGAUAGAGAGCACUGUGACUUUCCAUUGUUUGGUUAUGAGCGUAACAGGGUUAUUCAAGAAGAUUUCAGUGAAAGCAUAAGCCGGCAUUUCAAUAAUGUGUUGAAGGAAUCAUGUCACUUUCACGUGAAUUCAUACAACCACCACCUAUGGUCACUCCUCCAGAUACUCUGUCUAGAUAGUAUCGGUGUCAUAGAUGGCAUGCAUGUUCCUGCACAUCAACCAGCCAAGGACCAAUCUCGAUUUCGUAAUAAGAAAGGUGUUUUAUCACAAAAUAUUUUGGCCGUUUGCACAUUUGACUUGCAGUUUACAUUUAUUUAUCCGGGCGGGGAAGGCUCUGUUGCAGAUUCUCGUCUAUCAAGAGCAGUCCUUGAUGAUCCUGAUCAAAACUUCCCUAGCAUACCUGAAGGAAAAUACCGUCACAGGAUACUCAAAUCUGGAAGGUUUUAUUGCUCCAUAUCCAGAAGUUCGCUAUCACCUUCAUGAAUUUAGAGGUGCCAAUCGGCUGCCUAAAAAUCCACAUGAACUGUUUAAUCACCGACAUUCUUCUUUUAGAAACGUCAUCCAGAGAUCUUUCAAUGUGCUGAAAACACGAUCUCCUGUUCUCAAAGCUGCCCCUCAAAUACGGAUUUCAUGUCCAAAGGGACAUAGCUAUUGCUGCAUGCGUUUCGAAAAUGGGUGAUCAGUCAUCCUAUUUUUUUUCCCCAUAAAUACAUUAUCUGCACGUCACCAGGUGCACAGAGCAAAUUGGUGAACCUCGAAUAAUUCCAACAUGAAUUUAUCUGCUAAAUACAUCUUUUGCAUGUCACCACGUGUGCCUAAAGCAAAUAUGUCAACAUCGGAUAAUUCCAACAUCAACUUAUCCAGAGGCAGUAAAGGGAAAGAGGAAGACAAGGUGACGUCAUAAAGAGAUAAGGAUGUUGGCACCUAUAUAUAUAUAUAUAUAUGUAUAUAUAUG